AGACAGUCACACUUGUCACAGUCAGUAAACAGUACAACUCUGUCACACAACAAUUGUUAGUGAAAUAUUGCCAUGAAAUAACACAAUCACAUGUUAUUUAUUGUGUAUAAGUGAUGUACUAAUCUAAGAUUCUUUUAAUCGUCUAAAUUUUAAACCAGAUGUGAUACAUAAACAGUGCUCGGCUUACAAACAAGAACAUAUUGUGACUUAGUUGAAAUGGAAGACAUCAAAGUAGAAAGUGAAUUCCUGAUUGAAGUCAAAAAAGAAGAUGAAGGAUUGGUUUUGAAAGAUGAAAUUAAGGAGGAGCCAGUAGAUGUUGAGCCUUCUGAGGAAUCUGUAACUGUUUAUAUAAAAAAAGAAAAUAAUAUAAGCCUAUAUGAUAACACUGAAAAUGAUAAAGUAAUUAUGGCCAAACAGGAUGAAUUGGAGAAUGAAGGAGGAAACAGUAAUAGCCACGGAGAUGGUUGUAAUGGAAUAUUAAGAGACAUUUUAACGAAUUGUAAAACUCGUGGUCUUGAGACUGAAGAAAGUAGUGUAAACCCAUCUGUGACUUUUGAAGACAAUGUACACGAAAAUGAUGAUAUUGAAGAGGGGCCUUGUGUGCCACAGAAAACGUUUCGAAUUAAUAUGUCAGCCAUACAAUCAGUCUCUAAGGAAAAUCAAGCAAUGGAACUACAAAGCUUGGAGGGGCUCUCAGUGUACGACCAAGGGACACUGGAAGCUGGGAUACUCCAUCAGGUUGAUCAGGCACUGGACGAAACUGUGGAGUCCACUGACAUGCUGGAGUCUACUGGAGAAAGCUCUAUGGAGAGACAGAUCAGAUUAGGGGAAAUGACACCCUUUGGAAGCACACUUGAUACAGCUGCUACUACUGCAAGAAAUCAAAAGAGUGGGCUUAGAGAGAUAGAGGAGUACUUUGAGAAGCAAAUGGAAUUGCAAGGAAUGGUAAAACAGAGAAUGAACAAGAGAAAACCCCAAGCAGAAUCUAAACUGAAGGAUUCAGAAAACUUGAAAAAGAAGCAAAAAGAGAACAAACAUGAUCUGUUAAAAAGAAAACUACUGAAUCGUGAGGGAAAGACAAAAAAAAAGAGAAAGAAAGAAGAACUGGGUACGGAAACAAAAGAUUUCUUCCCUUGGUCGGAGAAACCUGACCCUGUCGCCAGUGAAACAGCAAGUGUGGAUUUUGAAGACCCAAGUGGUAGCGAAUACCAGCCUUCGGAAUCCGACUGUGAAUCUUCCUCUGCAGAGGCUCAGCAAACCAUUGCUGAGGAGAAAGAAGGAAAGCCAACACUUAAGAGAAAGAAGAAGAGUUCCAAGAGUAGGAAACCCUACAAGAUCCCAGAAGAUUGGGCAAGUGAUGACUCUGACUGGGAAUACUCGGACGAGGAAGGAAACAUCAAGAGGAACAAACGGACUAAGAAGGAGUUGGAUGACGGGGACGUGGAUGCAUUCAAUCGCCGCAUUCGACUGUGGGAGCGAGAGAAACAAAAAGAAUGUGUGGAAGAGAAAUAUCAUCAGCUGGAUGGUGGCUACAAGCUCCCUUUGAACAUGUGGGACAAACUUUACAAUUACCAGCGGGUGGGGGUGAGAUGGCUGUGGGAACUGGAUCGGCAGCGAUGUGGAGGAAUCUUGGGGGAUGAGAUGGGAUUAGGGAAGACCAUCCAGGUGAUAGCGUUCCUGGCCGGACUUCAUGUGAGUGAGCUAAAGGACAAGGAUACAGGGUUUCGAGGACUGGGUCCUACACUCAUAGUCUGUCCCACCACUGUGAUGCACCAGUGGGUCAAAGAAUUUCAUCAGUGGUUUCCCCCACUCAGAGUGGCAAUACUGCAUGAGUCUGGAACAUUCACUGGCAAGCAGCGUAGUAGACUCAUCGCCAAUAUGGUGCAAUUCUCAGGGGUCCUGAUUACCUCUUACACUGGUGUGACCCAACACAAGGAAGAUAUCAUCACUCGGAGGUGGCAUUAUGUCAUACUGGACGAAGGCCACAAGAUACGUAACCCUGAUGCUCAGGUGACGCUAGUGGUGAAGCAACUCAAGACCUCUCACAGAAUCAUCCUGUCCGGGUCUCCAAUGCAGAACAAUCUCAAGGAGCUCUGGUCGCUGUUUGAUUUUGUGUUCCCGGGAAAACUUGGUACUCUACCAGUAUUUCUGGAGCAGUUUGCAGUCCCUAUCACACAGGGCGGGUACGCCAAUGCUUCACAAGUCCAGGUGAUGACGGCAUUCAAAUGUGCGACAGUACUGAAGGACACAAUCGCCCCAUAUCUACUGCGCAGGAUGAAGGCUGACGUCAAGUGCCAUGUAAACCUUCCUGAGAAGAAUGAACAGGUGUUGUUCUGUCGGUUGACAGAGGAGCAGCGGAAUCUCUAUAAGAACUAUGUGGAGUCAGGAGAGGUCAGCAGGAUACUGGAGGGUCGGCUGAAGAUCUUCAUGGGGCUCAUCACUCUCCGGAAGAUCUGCAAUCACCCAGACCUCUAUUCUGGAGGACCAAAGCUGUACCCAGGGGAGACCGUGGAGAGCCUUCCUGAGGAGGAGCGCUAUGGGCACUGGAAGAAAUCAGGUAAAAUGGCUGUAGUGGAAACCUUGCUACGGUUAUGGAACCGUCAAGGCCAUCGAGUGUUGGUGUUCACUCAGAGCCGUCAGAUGUUGGCAAUCAUGGAGGUGUUUGUUGAAAAAGCCGGCUACAAGUACCUGAAACUUGAUGGCGGAACCUCCAUUGCUGCCAGGCAACCGCUCAUCAAUAAAUUCAAUCAGGACACGUCCUACUUUGUGAUGCUGCUGACAACUCGGGUAGGAGGUCUAGGUGUAAACUUGACGGGAGCCAAUAGAGUGCUGAUCUAUGACCCGGACUGGAACCCUGCAACAGACACACAAGCACGUGAGCGAGCCUGGCGUAUUGGACAACAACAGAGUGUCACAGUGUACAGGCUUAUCACAGCUGGCACAAUAGAGGAGAAGAUGUAUCAUCGCCAGAUAUUUAAGCAAUUUUUGUGCAAUAAAGUGCUGAAGGACCCCAGACAGCGAAGGUUCUUCAAGUCUAAUGAUCUCUAUGAGCUGUUCACUCUCAAGGAAACUGAUGUAGAAGGAAGCACAGAGACAGCAGCCAUAUUUGCAGGCACCAACUCGGAGGUGAAACUUGACCCUAACAAGACAUACAGGUGUCGCAAGGUGGAGCCUCGACUUAAUGCUCAACCUCCAGCAGAAACCUACUCCAAGAAGAAGGCAGAGAAAAAGAAAAAAGCAGAGGAACAGCUUAAGAAAACAAGAGAGGAUCCUUCAAGUGAUGUAUGUUUUUCAGAUGAGAAAAUUGAACGGAUGAAGAAACUAGCACAGAUGUUAAGUCAAAAGAUAGUGAAGAACAGCACACCUGAGAAGAAUCACCCUUCAAAAAUGGUGGAAAAACAAGAGUUACUUCAAGAGGAAAAGAAUGAUAUGGUUCUGAUAAGCGAUGAGGAACUUUCUAACUCAAAAUCAGAUGCUUCCAGAAUAAAAUUUGACAUUACUGAACCAAGCACAAGUUGCUUCAGUGAGUCCCUUGAUACAAGUUUAAAUCAUAAAAAACAUGGACACAAAUCAAAACACAAAGACAAGAAGAAGAGAAGGCUCAAAGAUGCUAAGUUUGAAGGAGAGACUGUGCCUCACCUGGUGAAAACCAGUGUUGCCAAAUCUACUGAAGCAGAAGAAAAUGAAGAUGGAAAGAGUUACGCUACACAAGAUGAAUAUGUACUGAAAAAACUUUUUUCAAAUUCUGGUUUACAGACAGCAAUGCAACACGACACUAUCAUGGAAGGUGGUCCUGCUGACUAUGCCUUGGUUGAAGGAGAGGCAGACAGGGUUGCAAAGCAGGCUGUGGAGAAACUACGUGAGUCUCAGCGGGAAUGUUGGCGCCCGACUUCAGGCAUACCAACCUUCACUGGUGUCAAUGGCGCACGUAACUUUCAACCAACGAAGAGAUUCGGUAAAGGUACAGGUGUUGAAACUAUGUCGUCCAGAGAACUAAUAGAGCAUAUAAAGAAACGCAACUGCGCCAUGGAUGCGAAGGACGCAGACCUCGAACUUGUGCGUGACAUUCGUGAAUUCGUAUCUUCACAAGGCGGCACCGUCAACACUAACCAGAUUAUCAAUAGGUUUGAAGGUCGGCUGCCUGAAGGCAGUUCUCCACUCUUCAAGAGCCUUCUCAGCAAGAUCUGCACGUUUUACAGGGCUCCAGACAAGCUCGGCUAUUGGACUCUGAAGGAGGAGUUUAAUUGGUGACUUGUUGAAAGGCUAACAUCUUAACUUCAGUCAGGUGGAUAUUAUCCAGUGAUAUCAGACUAUUCAGUGGCACCCAAUUCAUUGUGUACUGUUGACCCAAUUUGUGUUUUAUGUAAGGGUACAUAUAAAAAUGUAAAGGGCUUAAAUCCAAAGGAAUUAUUUUGCACUCAGUUUUAUUCAGUAGCUUAUGAGGAAUACUGUGUCGAUUUAAAAUAUGUAGUAUAUUUAUUAGACAAUUAUGCUUAUUUAUUUAUUUAUAUGUUAAAUAAGUUUAAUUUAUAAAAAUAGGUUGUCAUAUUUGGAAUGUACAGUAGUUUUGAAGGGAAAGUUCUUAAGGCUGCCAUUCAAUGCUAAAUUUUGUUCAGACUUUUAAAAUUGUCUAGUUUGUUGAGUUAUCUAAUUAAAAUUAGAGUUACAAAUCUAAAUUUUAAUUGUAAAGACAAACUGUAGUUCGUCAUUUGUUAAUUUCAGACAUACAAACUUUAAUAUAUUGUGUUACCUAUAAUUUUAUUCAUAAAAUAUUAUUGUAAUAUUUAUUUGUAUAUGUUUAAAACAUUAUUAUUUUGCCAUAAAAAUUGUAUAAAGAGAAUCAAACAUGUUUUUCUUCAAACUAAAGGUAUUCAUUAACACUAAAAUAUUAUUUACCAAGUAUCAAUGAACAGUUAAUUAUAUAAAUGUGAAAGUAGACUAAGUUAUCACAGUAAAAAUGCAACAAACAAAUUAUAUAUGGUGAGAGAUUCCAUGUGGUCCUCGGCCCGAUGUGUAGUAGCCUACUGGUCAUGUGGAGUGGAGGGGGAAGUAACGAGCCGCUCCCUCCUUGCCAGCUGCAGUUCUCCUCUUGCAUAUUUAGGAGACUUCAUGGAAUCUCUUGGCCAAAAUAGUGAGACAGAUGUGCAUGAAUGAUUUUUUAAAAGCUGCUUAUGUCAUAGCUUAAAAAAAGGACAAUAUGUAAGAUUGGCUUAAAAUCUGAUUUUUCAUAUAUGUUAAUCACAUUUAUUCCUGCACAACAAUUUGCACUGCAAUAAAUCUAAGAGCUUGAAAACAUAUUGAAAAUUCAACUUUUUACAACAUAGAAUAGAACAAGUUGAAUAUUGAACAAGUCCUAGUAGGAGAGUUAAUGUUAAUCUUGAACUAUGCCAAUAGCACUCCUGCCUCUCAUUUUAACUCAUAACACCAUUGUCAUGCUCAUGAUGACAUUUUGAUAUAAAAAUAAAAUGUUCUUUUAGGGUUGAAAUUUUGCUAUAGUAUUUUUCCCUCAUUGUGUUUCAUUUGCAAAUAAAUUUAAAUUCCCACUAGACACAACAUUUUACAAGAUAAACCUAACCCGUUAGUAAUACAAUUUUUUUCACACAAAAUUUUCUAUAUUUUAAAUAACAAAUUAUUUUAUAAAACAAUUCUAUUUUAAAAUAAGGUUUUUCUGUAAUAUUACAGUACAAUCAGUGGUGUAGUGCCGAAUUUACCUGUGCCGGAGCGACCAUGGUGUAAGUAUAAUAGGUGUGCUACCGCGCAGAUUCCCCCCCGCCCCCUCGCCCAUGUCAGGCAUGUGUCGUCAGCUUGGCGUUCCGACAGCGGCGUUAUAUUUGCAGACUUCCACUUAAACUGUCGUUUUACCCACUUAAACUAGAGCGAUUUUAAUAAAUGUUAUAUAUUCUAGUUCAUUAUUAAAUAUACUUUAUAACAGUAGUUAUUUCAUGGUGAAAACUGUAAUAUAAAUAUAUUAUACUUACACCAUGGGAGCGGCGAGUUGCUGGGUAUAGCAAUAAAAAUAUUUUUGAUUAUUAAUAAAGGACAUUUUAUUUCGUAAACUAGGCUAACACAAUUUAUAACGACAAACAGAUAAGCUAUGAUUUUAGACAUACUUUGAAAAAUAACUGUGCUGUCAUGCUAAUACAUUAUUGUAGCCUGAAAAAGAAUACCGUAAAAAUGCAUUGUAAAAACUAUUAAAUAUUGUAAAAGUAAUAUUUUUACAUAUUUUCAACGGUAACACGAACAUGAAUAUUGUGCGAUAACCUCUAAAGUAUGUCCCAAAAUUCCUCUCCUUUUCCAUUCCCCAUUUCCUUUCUUUGGAGUUUCUGCUAUUCUUGUUUGGGUGUCGGCUGCUCUUAGCCAUGUCAUGGGGGACCAGCUUCCAUCUGCGGAGCGGGGGACCUUGGUGUUUUAAAAACAGUAGGGCUGAGACAUGACUUACUGUCAAUGAGUUCCUUAAUGGUGUGAGUAAGUUAUUCAUACUGCUGAACUCUCCUUCACAAGUCAGCGGAACUACAGGGUAUUAUUUUAGUGCAGUUUAUAAGCUCUUGCAGUCCAUCAGGUACCCGCCUCCUGUUGUCCAAGUAAUUCCUGUAAGCAGUCACAGCUCUGUUGAUGUUCAACUUGAAGCGUUUGCAUAGCUGCUCCACUUGAGUUUGGCCAAACCCUUCAAAACAUUCUCUUCUUUAUGUUACUGAUUAGACUAGAAAUCAACUGCUCACCAUUAAAUGAUACGAUUUUAGGGUUUUCAUUUAACUUUAAAGAAGCAAAACACCCUUCUCUCAUGGUGACUUGUGCCUCCAGAACUCUUGUCCCAGGUUUUUCUUUCAAAGAUUCCAUAUAUCUGAUUGAUCUAUAAAUCAGUUUGUCUGCAAAUACAAGGGACGUGCUACUAUUUUUCAGACUUUCAGACAACAAAGCCAAUUCAGCAAGAAUGGCAUACAUAAAUGCUAAGUUGAACAAAAAAUUAUGGGAAGACAGCUUCUUCAAUAAACCAUUAUAUUUGCAUCUAUCAGUGGAUGUUCUCUCAGGACCAUACAUUGCUUUAGAGAAGUGGCUGGCUAAGGCUUGAUAACGUAACCACACACAACGGCUGAAACAGUACGAAAACUGCUUGCUACCCACCUCGUGCUUAAAAUUUUGCUGAUUUUAUUAAUUUGAAUAUCGAGCUCCUGUGCACAUUCUUUUAACUCUCGCUUAUUCUUUGGAGAUGUGCUGUACAAUGAAUAAAGUUUAUCCAUGAAUGACUGGAAAUGGUUAACCCCGGCUACUUCACUUAUGACCUUCCCAAUAGCCAGUUCCAGUCUGUGAUUCAUACGGUGCCAUAUGAUGAUAUUAGGGUAAACAGAUAAAAAUCUCCUUGCUACACCUCAGUGCUUUCCCAACAUGGCGUUCGCCCCUUCGCUUGUAAAGGAAACCAAGUUUUGUUUUAAGUACUCGCCAUUAAAACCAUAUCCUUCAAGGAACUGGUGGACACUGUUAAAAACUGUCUCAGCUUUGUGAUCAGAAAGCUCGACUAAGUCCAAAAAUAAAGUACUUGGUGGUUUAUCCUCGCUAAAUUCACAUUUUAAAUAUACAAUGAGGACGGAUUUAGAACUAAUGUUUGUGGAUUCAUCAAUGAUUAUUGACAGUUUUCCAGAAAUUUCCUUUACUUGAUUCAAAAUGCGCAUUUUCAUUUCCUUUGAAAUAUGAUCUAUUAUUUCGACCGCGCUAUACCUUGAAUGAAGGCCUACGCAGAUAUCUACCCCAUUUAGUUUUUGUAGCUCAAGCAAUCCGAAAUGGUCGCUGUACGGACGGUCGUAUUGAGCAAUAAAAUAUGCCGAUCUAAACACAGCCUUAGUUGAAUCGAGCUGAGCUUGAUUCAUUUGACCAAUUACUUGUGGCAUCGAAUGUUUGUUUGAUUUGUCAAUAAUUGUUUGAGCGGUUUGGUGAGCUUUCGACUGUUUAUGUUCAAUAAUCUUUUUCCUCAAAAAUUUGAGUUGAUUUGUUCUAUUUGAGCAAUAAAAACAAACUUUGUACGAACGCCACUCAUAAGAAAGCUAAACAUGUUCUUUUUUGUAUGCUCCCAAAUUACUGACUUCAAAACAAAUUUUACAGCCUAAUUUACCUUCCUUUAAGUCUAUCCAAGGAAAAGCCGCCUUCUUUCUCUCCCACAUAUCUUCUGUCCAAAUUUCAGGCCACUGUGUUCCGUGGGGGGGGGUCAUCUGCUCGAACUUCCUUUUCAUUAGGCUCAGGCUCAGCGAGAUUACUUAUUUUAAUUUUAGCUUUUGGAUUUGAUGUUCCAGGAACUGGAUUUGAGUCAGUCAUAUUAGGGGCACUAAAAAAUGACGUUAUAUAUUUAUGUUUAGGUUUUGGUUCCAUCACUUCACAAAAUUCACAAACUAAUAAUUAAAAAAAUUAGUAAUAGGCUUUCACAAAUGUAUUACAGAGGACUCAACUCAAACAAAACUAACAGUAUAUACGGUACGCUGUUUGAACUCAACCACUACGACUAAGACUUUCGACGAUAACAGCUUAAUACAAGCAUUCACAACAACAUAGAGACCGGGAACGCGAAUAACAAGUCUCUAUGUAAGUAUACAUUUCGUGCAGUUAGUAGGAGAUGGACGGGCGGGGUGGUGUGGCACACCUGUCAUAGGAGGGGGAGAGGGAGAGUGAGAGAGCAUCCUGAUUUUUAUGAAGGCGCUAGUUGCGAGUUACAAGAGUUGUCUAUUGCACAGCGCCUACAAUUACCUUGAUACCACUCAAUGGACAUAUAAGUGAUGCUGGUUUGUUCUGGCCUUUUUAUUAUCCAGCGACUCGUAAUCCGCCUACCACUACAGGCGGGUGGCGCUCCAGUUCACAGCUCCGGCUCUAGAUGCUAUGCCGGAGCGACGCUCCGCUUCUUAAAGCUGUGCCGGAGCGCCGCUCCGGCCCCACUACACCACUGAGUACAAUUGUUAACAAAUAAUAGGUGUGUAACAUUUAAAUACUAGAAACUGAAAAAAGCAAUAGUUGAGUAUGUAAUUGUACCACAGUUACCUUCUUUUAAUAAAUAUCAAGUUUUAAAAAGCAAAUUAAUUUUUCACCUAGUAAUAUUUUUUUAAUAAACCAUUAAUAUUAACCAAAAUCCAGUAAAGAACAAAAGGAGGGUUAUACAUUUAGUGGAUAAAUGAUUUAUUUUCUCCUUUGUUUAAAAUAUGUUUUUUCGUUACACAAUAGAGAAUCAAAUUAAUUUUUAAGUUUUAUACAACCCUGCUAAUCUAUACUUGUAACCCUUAAAAAAUAUUUUAUAACACAAUAUACUAAGUAGGUUUUUAUAUAUUAUUAAUUCUGUUAAGUAAAGUACAAGGAUUAAUAUGUAAAAAUAAAAAUUAACAAAAUAUGUAAUAUGUGUCCUUUAGUCCAAAAUUUUAUAAAAAAUAAAAAUUUGAGAAUACUUACUUUCAAACUUAUAUUAGGUUUUUAGUAUUAAACAGAAUGUCAGUUUCUUUUUAAAUAUAAAUAAAUAAUUAUGUGUCUUUUGUACAAAUGUAUCUUAUACUGUUUAUAUGCAUGAAAAGAUAGUGUUUUUAGUGCUCCCACAAUAAUAUUUGUACAUAUUCAUAAUACAAUAUGUAAAACUCUACAUACACUUACUUAUUUUGCGUACUUAUUUUAUGUAGUUCUAACAACGCAAUAAUGAAUGUGUUGUAUAAUAUGUCACAAUCAUGAGGUUUAGCGGUAUUAGGGUGUGGUAUAUUUUUGAUAGUUAAUAAUUUUUAUUGUUAGUAAAUUAAUUGUAUUAUUGCUUAGAAAUAAUUAUAUACAUCGGUUGUCCAAAGAAUUUCAUAUUACUGUGUUAAAUAUUCAUUUUGUUUAAAAUUUUUUUUAAUUUGGUUUCUCAACUCUUUGUGCUUGUAAGGACCUUGAAAGUUGCAUGUGACUUGCCCAGUGUUUCCCCUAAUUUCUAAAAUUAUAAGUCAUUAUAAGUUGCUUUUGUCAGUGAAGAAUUUCCAGGCAAGAGAAGCACUAAACUACUGCAAAUUGUUGCAUCGUACUACUUGAAAGGUUGUUUCACAGCAUGAUAGGGAGUUGGAAAAAACAGCCCUCAUAAUAAUAAUGAUCAUAAAUAUAUUUUUAAAUAGUUAUUUACUUAUUUUAGUUCUAUUCAGAAUUCAGUAAAUGUGUUGAAUAUAUUAUUUGGUAAUGUUUUUGUUUUUGCUUUCAUAUGUAUAAAAAACUCAAUGCAUAUUUUUUAUCAUGGGUAAUGGUACUAUUGUUAUGAAGGAUUCUGAAAGUGAGAAUAAAUUGAAAGUGAUAGAUCUGGGCUCGAAGGGCUUCUGAAAUAUGUAGUUGUUACGAGUUUAAAACUAAAAAACAGAUGAAGAUAUGUGAGGAUUGUGGCACUCACCAAGGGCUUAAUUAACAAGAAAAACUUAUGAACUGAUCUUGGUGUAGUGACCUGACGUUGCAUCUUCCGGAGGGCUCCCAUGAGGUUGACUAUGGGUAGAUGGGCAGUUCGCAAUACAGCUAACACUUCACAACAGUCACUGGUAAUGGGGGGGGGAGACACAAGGUACAAAGGAACUAAUCUGUCAUGGACCCAACAAAACUUUACCUCAAAUCCAGAUAGCAAAAAAAAAGAAAAAAAUACAUAUUAAACAACUGGCCACCACUACUAGACUAUGAUAUGAAGACAUGGUCAUGUCAUGAACGACUGUAAAGAGAGGGAAAUCUGCUUCCAAUUUGGAAGACUUUGUUCUACAGGGGACAUUAUGCCUAUCAGGCUAUAUCAUAUAACCUCAGCUGAUGUUAAUUUAGGUUGGUUUGGCUAAUGAAGAGCAUCCUCUGAUUCCACUGCUAAAUCCAUAGUGCAACUCAACCCAGCUUAUUGAUUAUUUAGAGAGAUAAUACAAAUACAAACUAAAUAAUUGUAGAUAAUGAAAUUAGUAUCUUCUACUAAUAAAAAAUAAUUGUAAAUAUUAUACAGGUAAGUUUAACUAAAUAGUUGUCAAACUAUUGAUAUCAUUUUGGGGAGUUCCUUAUAGGAUAAUAUAAUAUAUGCUUUGUUAUGAUUAUAAUGAUUUAUUUUAAAUAAACUAUAGCUGUAUCUUUUAGUGACACAGUAUGUAAUAGUCUUAACUUCUAACAAAUCCAGCUUGUGAAAGUUCUAGUAGCGAACAUGAUAAUACUAGUAAGUCUUAAGUCAAAAUAUAUUUGCAUCAAUGUCUAUUAUGAAAUACAUAUGUAUAUAAAAUACAAAUUAAAUUAAAUGUGGUAGCUGUUUAUAAACCCUCUUUAUAAGAAGGGCAUCAAUCUAGAAUAUUCCAACUAUAGGCCAGUAUCGAUCAUCUCAACUUUUUCAAAAGUUAUUGAAAAAGUCGUGUUAAAUAGGCUGUGGAGUUUUCUGAAGAGUAACAAGUUGCUAUUCAGUCAUCAGUACGGGUUCACCAAGGGAAAAGUACUGUUGAUGCGAUGUUGUGUGUUGUCCAAAAUAUUGUUGACGCUAUUGACUCAGGAAACCAUUCUAGUGGCUUGUUAUUUGAUCUAAGCAAAGCCUUCGAUCUUGUUGACCAUGACCUUAUACAUAAUAAAAUUUUUAACUUGGGAAUUAGAGGUAUUGCUCUUUGUUGGUUUCAACCUUAUCUGGUGGGAAGAACCCAGUGUGUUAAGGUGAGUUCUGUCAAUUCGUCCAAAACCAUCAGGAGUGCAUUUUCCAAGCAAGAAACGGUCAGGAAGGGCGUCCCACAGGGUUCAAUUUUGGGCCCUGUCCUUUUUUUAUUUUCAUCAAUGACCUUUAUCAGAGUUUAUCUGGGCCCAAUCUGUGCCUCUAUGGGGAUGACAGAUCCCUAACUUUUUCCAGCCCUUCCAAAGAUUGCUUAGAGCUCAAUACAUUCUUAGCAGGAAAUGCACUUCUGAAUUGGGUGGAACUAAACAGAUUGCAAGUGAACAUCUCUAAAACGACCCUUGUUGAAUUUUGUAUAGGGAACGGGCCAAACAAUAGGUUACUCAGUAUCCACCUGGGUGCUGAGCCUAUCUUCUCUGAGGGUGUCCUUAAAUUUCUUGGCCUCAGGAGAGCACCAAAACCAAGUCUGUCUUCAGGCUUCAAAGGAAAGCCAUGAGAAUAAUAUCUCAUGUUUUACCCUGAACUUCAUGUGCAGACCUUUUUACUUUCAAUAAAAUUCUUACCUUCCCUUCCAUUUAUAUUUUGGGAACCAUUUCCUAUCUCCAUAAAAAUUUCCACCUUUUGGAACAGUUUCUCCCAUCACACUGUUACAGUACGAGAAGUAAUCCCAGAUGCAUUAUGAACAUCCCUCCACACUCCACCUCGUUUUAUAAGAAACAUUAACAUUUAAGAAACAUUUAUAAGACUGCCAUUAAGCCUAAAGUUGGUACAGAGUAACAAUGUUUUAGGAGGAAGUUGAGGCUGUUUCUUGCUGAAAAUGCAUAUUAUUCUAUAGAUCAUUUUUUGAAUGAUGUGUUUAUAAAAUAAAGUUUAGAAUGAUUGUUUUGAUUUAAUGUUUUAUUGUAUUGACUUGGCAUAUGCAUUGUUAACUUUGUCAACAUGCUUAAUAAAGAACUUGUUACUUCAGACAAAAUACAAAAUAAUUAACACUAACAACACUGCCAUUUUUUACAAUGUAACAUUUUAAUAAAAAAUUUUAUACCUUGAUUCUUGUGACUUGGAAUUGUGAGUGACGGAAUAAAUAAAUAUCUAAGACAUCUGAGAUGCUUAAAACAACAAUGGCAGUAUCAUACUUAAUUGAAGGGAGUUGUAAAAAUCCUUAAGGAUAACAAAUACUGGCAGGUAGGACAGACCGAGGGCCACCAAUCAGGUCACCCUCUAGGACACAAGCAGUCUCGGCAACACUAUGACUAAUUUCAUGUAAUAGACUAUGAACUAACAAACUUAAAAUACUCAAAUAGAAAGAAGAUCAAUUAAACUGGUCCUAUUUUUUGACCAAAUGAUUAAUGUAUGCAAAUAUAUACUAUAUAAGCAAAAGCUGAAUGAAGGUACAGGAUAUCAGUUUGAGAAAAAUAGGCCAGUAGAAUACUUUUUUUAUUUUUUUGGAAGUUACUUUUAAUAUAAGGGCAGUAUUUGGCAGGGACACAUGCACGGUACACAAUUUAAGUCUCUUGCUCUAAUUACAAAAUGUUUCAUUCCCUCUCCAAUUGUCAUUGUACCUCAACACAGGUUCUCUCUCCUAACCCCAAGUACAAUAUGGAUAUUGUAGAGUAUUACUAAUACUAAUUAUGACUAAUAAGAUUUACAGGUUUCCUAAUAUCUAAAGAUGAUAUUUUUGCAUUUUAUAUUUUACUUUUUGUUAUUGAUUGUAAAUUCUAUAAAACUGUGAUUUGUAUACAAAAAUAUUAAAUAAACUUUAUAAAUGAGA